UAUAAAUAAUAUACCUACAACUUCUCUCACUUUGGACACUUCAAAUUCUUCUUCUUAUACCAAUCAUGAUGUUCCUUGGUCUGCUGCAUCAUUAAAAAUUGAACAGUUUGAAAACAACAACAACAAUAAUUCAGACGAGGAAAAUAAAUUAGAAACUCCAAUUUAUGCCGAUGAUCUUUCACGAGUUCCCACAUUUACACCUUUUAGUCACAACAAUGGCAACAGCUCCGACCGUCAUGAACAGUAUAGUAGUGAUAAUAAUGGUAGCAGUGACAUUAAUCUAAGGAACAACAGGAAGAAUGGUAGUCAUAGCAAUAACCAUUACAAAGUAUUACCUCAAACUGUUUCACCUAAAACAUCAAAAUUAAGAAAACGUAACAAUGAUAAUGGUACAGAGCUUCCACUUGUAGUUGGCGGUGGUUAUGUUCCUGCCACUCCAAAAAGAAAUAUCGAAUUCCAUUCUUUAUUUAGAAGUGUGCCUGAAUAUGAUUCUUUGAUAAAUGAUUUUGGAUGUGCUUUACAAAGAGAAAUUUUGGUUCAAGGACGUUUAUAUGUUUCUUGUACUCACCCUGGAUCAUUGACAUGA